ACCGUGCGACGCAGCCGCAUAAGGAAUGGAUGCUUUCGUUAUUGUGUUGUUAUCAUGUCUGUCUCCGUCUUAUUUAUACUAUAACCUAGUCCAUGUGUUCUCUAUAUCCUUGUGUAUCUAAUAUUCUGUGUUGAGGCGGGCUCUGAUCAGUGAUGUUGAGUGUGGAGUCGAUCCAAGUGGCCGAGGAGGAGGUGGUGGAGUCCACCUCCACCCGACUGGGGGAGAUCUACACCCUGGUGGCCGACGGCUGCUACCCCCACAACAUGAACCCCAUACGGAAGAAAAACCUCAAGAGAUACGCACAGAAAUUCGCAAUUGAAGACGGGCGACUGUACUAUGUGGGGCCGAAGAAGGAGGAGAAGCGGGAGGUAGUGAUCGAGCCGGAGACCAAGAGGCAGAUCUUCCUGGACUGCCACUUCAACGACAUCGGUCAGCACCUGGGCCAGAAGAAGACCGUCCACCGGAUCCAGAGCAAGUACUACUGGCUGGGCAUCGUGAAGGACGUGGUGGACUGGAUUAAGGUCUGUGACACGUGCCAGCAGAACGAGAGGAACAAGAACCUGGCCCGGGCGGUCCGGCCCAUCAAGGUGGACGCGCCGUGGGACAUCGUGGGCAUCGACAUCAUCGGCCCGUUCCCUGAGACCCAUCAAGGCAACACCAGCGUUCUGACACUCAUCGACUACUUCAGUAAGUGGGUGGAGGCCUUCCCCAUUCAGAAGACCGACAUCCCCUCUGUGGCCCGGUGCAUCUCCAAAUCCGUCUACAGGUUUGGAGCUCCUAAAACAAUCGUCUGUAGACAAAGCGUCGACUUCUGCAAUGAGGUGGCGGAGCUGCUGCGUGAGCGCUGGAACCUCACCCAGCAGGUGAGCCCGCUGGCCCAACAGAUGAACCCGCUGCACGACCCCACGGGGGGGCUGCUGAACGAGGCCAUCGCCCGGAUGGUGGCGGAGAGGCAGACGGAGUGGGAGGACUUCCUGGACCCCGUCACCUUCCUGUUCCGCACCUCCGUCAACCCCACCACCAAGUUCUCCCCCUUCUCCCUGAUGUUCAACCGGGAGGCCAACGUCCCGCUGGAGCUCAGCGUCCUGGGCCCCGUGGACCCCGAGCUGGAAGGCUUCCCCGCCCAGGAGGAGGAGUCCUCGGGGUGCAUGCACAUCAUGCAGACCCAGCAGGACCGCAUCAAGCAGAUGGUCACGGCCAACAUGAACUCGGCCUACAAGCAGGAGAAGAAGAACGCCAAGCGCCGUCUGAGGAACAUGCCCUCCAUGACCUUCAAGAUCACCGACCCCAUGUUCGGCGCCGGGGAGACGCCGCCCGCCAAGAAGCUGAAGGCCGAGAGCCUCUUCCUGUCCUUCCCCGUGGAGACGGAGCUCGCCACCGAUGGCUGCUCCGACGACAGGAAGUCAGACUUGGAAUACCCGAUCCCCAUCGCCGACGUCCGCUGAGCGCCCAACUGCCUUUUUUACACCUCGGGCGGACAUCUUGGUGCUACCGCUGGCCGGCGGGCGGACGGAUGCGGGAUUAGAUCCAAGAUGGCCGCUCGGUGAAUCAGGCUGUAGAAUUUUGUUUGCUAUUGUUCUACGGUUGCUAUGGUUCCCGGAGGUCGUCUCUCUGUAGGUCUCGGGUACGAAGAAGGAGUGAGCGACGGUGUGUGCGCUGCUAGCCGAUGUUAGCAACAUGCUACGUGUUUUACAUGUAGAAAGGCCUGGACAUGCUCCUGCUUAAGCUAACCCUUCUGGGGGAAAAGACUGAAACGCUUGCCGGCUUCUGGAGGAUUUGUUUUCCACGACGCUGAUAUUUAAAUUAUUUGGGCCCGUUUUGUAAAAUAAAUGAAGAAAUCCUUUCUUAUCCCGUUCGAUGCUUUGCAAUAAAGAUCUGGAUGUAUUGUAAAUAAGAUGUGUGCAUUUGUAAUUCGGUUAUGAACCUUUUACCAGUGAUAACUAAUAUUACUAGUAACCUCUAGAAUAUUUAGGAAAAUGGCUUUGCAUAUUUUAAUGACAAUAAACUGAUUACAAAAAUGGCCAACUGUUCAUUAUAUUAUAUGCU